AUGGAGUCGAACUUGAACAAAGUCCUUAAUAUGAACAGACAGCAACUAAGCGGACAGCUCUACAAGUACACAAAUGUAGUGAAAGGAUGGCAGUACCGCUGGUUCAGUGUAGAUGCGCAGGGAGGCCUGCUCAGUUAUUAUCUAUGUGAACCAACCGGUGAAGAUUCUAGUACCCACAUCGUCGGUAGCACACCCCGCGGGCAAGUUCAUCUAGCUGGAGCGGUUAUCUGUCCGAGUGAUGAAGAUUCAAAAACAUUCACCGUUAAUUGCGCCUCCGGAGACAUGCUAAAACUGCGUGCAGUUGAUGCACGUGCCCGUCAGGAAUGGGUCGACGGGCUGCGAGCGGUCGUCGAAAGUCAUUCAAACUCGACUGGUACCGCUUUACCUCCAAGGGAUCAGUUAGCGGCGCACGAUGCGUUCGGUGCAGCCCGGCAACAGUUACAGCAAACGGAGCUCAGCAAUGCGGCCUUAGCCCGUGCUAUAGAAAAUUUGAACGGAUCUUUAUCUUACACUGAUCCCGAUCUACUCGUAAUCAAAGCGCUAUCUGCCGCCAGUACCCACUGCCUAUUACAGUGCUUGGGACUGUUGCAACGGCAUCAGGAACUAGCGCCCGACCCCAGACUAGAGCAAAGUUUCUAG